AUGCCUCCUCAACCUCCUGCUCCUCCUGUCUUUUACUCAUUCCCUGACACAGAUGUCCUCGUUGACUCUCUUGCAAACUUCGUCGUAAAAGCUCAACGUGAUGCUGUCGACAAAAGAGGGAAAUUUACCAUUGCCCUAUCGCGAGGAAGUUUGGCAGCGAAUCUGAGAGGUUUAGUGGGACAGAAGGAUGUGCAAUGGGAUAAAUGGGAAGUUUUCUUCUGUGAUGAAGCUGCCGUCGCGCUUGAUUCAGAAGAUUCAAAUUACCAUUCCAAUAUACUUUCCUUCUUAUCCGACGUACCUAUCCCACCUGAACAAAUCCAUACUGUCGACCCAUCGUUACUUGAUGAUCUGGAAGAACUGGCAGACCAAUAUGAGAAACAAUUGAUCGAUCAUUUCGCAAAAUCAAAUGCUGCUAGAUAUCCCACAUUUGAUUUGAUGCUGUUGGGUAUAGGUCCAGAUGGUGAAACAGCUUCUUUGUUCCCUGGGCAUGAAUUGCUAUCGGAAAGAGAUGCUUGGGUGUCGUAUUUAGACGAUGCUCCAAGAGGUCCAAAGAGGAGGAUUACCAUGACUCUGCCCGUUCUGACACAUUGCUACCGAGCUGUAUUUGUAGUAUCAGGAAAUGAGAAAGCAGAGAUGUUGCACUCGAUUCUUGAUCAUCCGGAAGAAGGAUUACCUUGUUCUAGAGUACGACCUGCUUCACCCGGAUUGGUAUUCUUUUUUGCCGAUUCAGACGCUGCAAAUCUCACCAAAUACCCUCCAACGACUUUCAGGUGGAUUGACAACGAGAAAGAAGCAGAGGAAGCUGUGGCUGCUGCUAAGAUAAGAGCAGCCAGGAGGCUGGCCGAAGGUGAAGAGUAG